UCAGUCAUUCUGAAAGGGGAAGGAUCCUAAGUACUACACUUCUUAAUCCUUGGUGCUAUCUUCCUUGCAUCCUUGCGGUCCUUUUGUUGGGGUUUUUCUUUUUUUUACGGUUUACGUGGACGGGACACCGUCAGCACAUCCUUUGCUCACUUGAGUGCAAGGGGAGGGGGAUUUGGAGGACUUAACAUGGAGCAACAAGUGCCCACUAAAGACCGGAUAGUGUCAGUCGACUACUUAUAGUCUAGAAGGACACCAUGCAUGCGACGUUGCCCGCUACUGGAAGCUACAGUAACGUUGGCAGGAUCACUUUGUUUCUCAACGUCUAACUACAAGGCUUACUUUCAAUAGUUUGUUCGGUUUUUCAUUCUCAUGCGAAGACAACCAUGUGAGUUUGUUGGACUUUUUGCAAACAGUCUAAUUCCUUGGUUUAUCCUGAAAAGAAAGGGAUCCAUAAACUCUAUUUCCACCUUCAACAAUCAACCAAAUACGGAUGCAUUUGUCAAUGGAUACCCCGGGAAUCAUGGAAGACGGUUGCCUAGACAACUAUGACAUGGUGAAAGGUGCCGGGUCCAGCUCCUCCGGCGGAAGGGUCCACAGCAUUGAUGUCAUUCUGGGCUUCACGAAAGACCAGGACCCCCUGCUCCACACUGUGGACGAUGACAGCCAAAAAGGCUGUAGGAAAAACUCAGACAAGCAGGACCCAUAUGUACAUCUGGCAGAACUGGGUGGCGACAAUUCGGAACAUUCGUCCUACCACGUGUCCGACCUGUUCUCCAGCGACAAGUGCGAUGAAGAUAUGAGUAGCAUGCAAAACAACAUAGACGGGGCCGAGCAGUCCCCCAAAAACAUCAUGGAGGAAGAGCACUCCAAGAAGAAACACCGGAGGAACCGCACCACCUUCACCACCUACCAGCUGCACGAGCUUGAGCGAGCUUUUGAGAAGUCCCACUACCCGGAUGUCUACAGCCGCGAAGAGCUGGCCAUGAAAGUCAACUUGCCCGAGGUUCGCGUCCAGGUGUGGUUCCAGAACCGCAGGGCCAAGUGGCGUCGUCAAGAGAAGAUGGACACCACCACCAUGAAGCUGCACGACUCGACCAUGCUUUCCUUCAAUCGGCCCCCAAUGCACCCCGGCGCGGGGUCGGUCGCCAAUGCCUUGCCCUUGGACCCUUGGCUCGCCUCCCCCAUUCCCAGUGCCACGCCAAUGCCCAUGCACACCAUCCCAGGCUUCAUGGGCUCGCCUCAGGCACUUCAGCCCGCAUAUCCCGGCCACAGUUUCCUCAACAGCCCGACCGGCUUGGUGCAAGGGAUGCAGCAGGGCGGGGGGCCGCCACCUUACCAGUGCCCGGUCGGAUUCAAUGACAAAUACCCCAUGGAGGACGACAGGAGCUCCAGCAUCGCAGUGCUCAGGAUGAAGGCCAAAGAGCACAUUCAGUCCAUGGAUAAAACAUGGCAACACAUGUGAUCAGUCACAGGACGCUUAUUUGUUUUUGGCUGCUUCAGUUGAAUGUUUACAAUUUAUGUUUUGUAUGAAGGAGAGGGUUGCCAAGCACAGGAACUUUGACUUAUGUCUUGAUUUGGAUGGAUUUAUGAAGGACACAUUAUUGGUGGUCAUUCGAGGAUCAACUACGCAGAUUUAUAUAUAUUUACGGACGAAAAUACUUCAAGUGAAUUCAAAGUUCUCUUUGUCAUCAUGACUUCAGUCAAACUCCAGUGACUUGCGUCUAAUUAGGUUUAACACUCUUCUGUUUGAAUAAACGUCUUAACCCUGGUGUAAUGUUCAUAUU